AUGGAUACUUUUGAAGGUGUAUCCGAAAGUGCUGAAGGUGGAGUUGGAGUUGGAGAAGUUAGAAACAAUGUGGUUGAUUCAGAUCCAUCAAACAACAACAAUGCAGUUGUAACUCAGACUGGUAAGCGGCGUAGAAAACUCACAUCAGCGGUAUGGACUCAAUUUGAAAUUCUUCCUAUAGAUGAAAAUAAUGAGCAAAGAGCAAAGUGUAUGAAAUGUGGUCAAAAAUAUUUGUGUGAUAGUAGAUAUGGUACUGGGAAUUUGAAGCGUCAUAUUGAAUCUUGUGUGAAAACUGAUACUCGUGAUUUAGGCCAGUUAUUAUUAUCUAAAUCUGAUGGGGCUAUCUUAACAAGGUCUUCCAAGUUCGAUCCUAUGAAGUUUCGUGAAUUAUUAGUGAUGGCAAUUAUCAUGCAAGACCUACCCUUUCAGUUUGUUGAGUAUGCUGGAAUUAGGCAACUGUUUAAUUAUGUUUGUGCUGAUAUUAAAUUGGUAUCUCAUAAUACUGCAAAGGCUGAUGUGUUGAGUCUUUAUAAUAGAGAAAAAGCUAAGCUUAAGGAAAUUUUGGGUUCAGUUCCUGGAAGAGUUUGUUUGACAUCUGAUUUAUGGACGUCUAUAACCACAGAUGGUUAUCUUUGUCUCACUGUCCAUUUUAUUGAUGUUAAUUGGAAAUUGCAGAAAAGAAUAUUGAAUUUUAGUUUUAUGCCUCCUCCUCAUACUGGUGUUGCAUUGUGUGAGAAAAUCUAUAGGGAAAGCAUUAAGUAUGUUAGAGGUUCACAAGGGAGGAAACAGAAAUUCCUAGAUUGUGCUGCACAAGUUUCUUUAGAAUGUAAAAGGGGAUUGCGUCAAGAUUUGAGUGAUUCUAAUUACAAACAUUCUCUUUCUCAAGAUGAGUGGGGAAAAUUGGAAAAACUUAGCAAGUUUCUUAAGGUGUUUUAUGAUGUGACUUGUUUGUUUUCUGGAACUAAAUACCCAACAGCAAAUCUGUAUUUUCCUCAAGUUUUUGUGGUAGAAGAUACUUUGAGAAAGGCAAAGGUUGAUUCAGAUAGUUUCAUGAAAUCUAUGGCAACUCAAAUGAUGGAAAAGUUCGAUAAGUAUUGGAAAGAGUAUAGUUUGAUCCUUGCAGUUGCUGUAAUAUUGGAUCCUAGAUACAAAAUUCAGUUUGUGGAAUUUUGUUAUAAAAGGUUGUAUGGUUACAACUCCGAAGAAAUGACUAAAGUUCGUGAUAUGUUGUUUUCUCUCUUUGAUUUAUAUUUUCGGAUAUAUUCUUCUUCUGAAUCUGUUUCUGGUACUUCAAGUGCCUCAAAUGGUGCUCGUUCUCAUGUUGAUGACAUGGUUUCUAAAGAAUGCUUGGAUGUUAUGAAGGAAUUUGAUAACUUUGAAAGUGAAGAGUUUACCACUUCUGCCCAAAAGACUCAGUUACAAUUGUAUUUGGAUGAGCCCAAAAUUGAUAGGAAGACAAAGUUGAAUGUUCUUGAUUUUUGGAAAGUGAACCAAUUUCGAUAUCCUGAACUAUCAAUUUUGGCACGUGAUUUAUUGUAUAUUCCAAUAUCCACAGUUGCAUCUGAGUCAGCAUUUAGUGUUGGUGGUAGAGUGCUUGAUCAAUAUCGUAGUGCUCUUAAGCCUGAAAAUGUUGAGGCACUAGUUUGUACGCGUGAUUGGAUAUUUGGCGAAGACAAUUGUACUUUAGCACCCAACCUAGAAGAAUUGACUGAGGAUAUUAGCAAGAUGGAAAUAAAUGCUACAGAUUCUGCAGAGGGCUCUAAUACAGUCAUUGUUGGUGGACAGAGUUGA